UCCGCCAACCCAAUCCCAAAGAAGAGGAACUAAGCAGAUGAGCGUGCCGAAAGUUAUUGUAAAACAAGAGGAAUGACAGUUGACAUGAAAUUAAUCAUGUAAUAAGGUUAGUUUUUGUUCACGUUGUGACAACAAAAACAAGAAAUCUUUGCGUAUAUGCUGCAGUUAACGUUAGCAGCAAACCAACGUCGCAUGUAGGCGAUCUAGCUGGCUAGCUGAUGUAGCUAGGUAAUGUUUGCCAAUAAAUAUUGGCUAUGGUGGGUUCAUUUGACGAAAUAUAUGUUUGUAGACAUUAUGUACGACUAGCUAGUUAUUCCAUGACAACUAUGGACCCGAGGCACAAAGAAAUACUCAGGAAACACCGGCUGGACCUGUCCAAUCAAAUUUUAAUUGAUGACACCAUAGUUCAAUUCCUGUACCAGGAGAACAUUUUAACAGAGAGCCAGGUGGACGAGAUUCAGUCCCAAAUAGGCAACAAGAAGAAGACGUUGAGACUGCUGGAUAUCCUUCCCACCCGAGGUCCGCGGGCGUUUGGUACAUUUCUGAAUUCCCUGGAGGAAGAGUUUCCUUGGGUGAGAGACGAGCUACUCCAGAACUUGGAGCAACCCAACGUACCUGGGCAAAGUCCAACAGUCUCCGCUAUCUGCUGGUCUGGUUGGCGAGUGGUGGCUGUGGAGGCGAAGGUCAGACACCCCACACAGCCUUUGUCUGCCGACACAUCACGACCACAGAGGAUCACAGGCCAUGAACCACGUGGCCUGAGCGUAAAUCCAUCUCCUGGUUGGUUGAGACAAAGCCACGGUGACCUCUGACCUAUCCAAGGGCAUUCUAGGCCAGGGAUCAACUGUGUCUACUACAUUCCCGGAUGCUCUUAGGAACGCUGCACGCUGACAUCACUCCAGCCAAGCAUUUUGCCUUACAUUUGUGUCAGUGCAGACGGAACAGGAGGGAUGUUGGGUAACUCUGUGGGGGAGUUGUUAGAUGGGAGUGUUGAAUAAUGGAAGACGUUUUAGCUGCUGCUGUCACAACACAGCACAAGCAGGUUACUACAAUUUAGUCUUUAGUGACUUUGUGAAGAGGGUUGUGGCCCAUACAGUAUGUGAACGGUGUAAAAAAAAAAAUGUGCUCACCCCCCCUCAUAAAAUGUACUCUAACGUAAUACCACCAUAAAUAAGAAUUGUAGGAAUCCUGAGUUUCAAAUUGUAAAUAUUGACUGCCAUUUCAACAACAAAAAAAUUGUUGAUGAGACAGUUGAUGCCACACAGGACUAACAGGACAGAAGGUUGAGGGUUCGCCGAUCACCACGGACAAGCUCACCCUUCCUGCCUGUAUCGUUAUAUUACGAUCAGGGCCAGCUGCAGACAACGAUCAGCUAUAUUUAUAUAAUGAAUACAACAUUUCCACCAACAGGUUUCUGUGCCAAUGCACCACACAACCAAUAAGCAACGCAUAACUGCAUACCAAUUACCGACUUUGAACGCUCAUUAUGUUUUGCGUUUUCAACAUCACAAUCAAGUAUGACGUACUCUAUUGUGGGAUUGACAAUCUUGACAAACAGAAAAUGUAUCCACACUCAGUAUUGAAGGCUUGGU